AAAGAAAAACCCAGAUCAAAGAUAUGGCGGACGAACAGAACCAAAAAACUAUACCAAUACCAAGAACAAAACUUGGUACCCUAGGAUUCCAGAAAGAAGAGCGCUCAAAGGAGUAACUGAACCUACGAGCUUUGAACCAGUUUGUUGCUUAAUGCUCAUACCAUUUGAACUAUGCCUCGUUGGUAUUUUUUAUGCUUUUAAGUACAUAGUUUGUCUCUUUCUGGUUAAUUUCAGUGAAGUAAUUAGUAAUUUUGGUUCAGCCGAUCAACAAUAAGCAUUUGGUAAGGGAGGGACAACAACUUUCAUUGUGUUUCGAAGUUAGGGUUUGGAUGUAUGGGGCUUAGUGGUAUGUACAAUGCCCCAGUCUCUGAUGAGUUUGGCAUUUCAAUCAUCAAAGAAGCAUUCAUUAGAGGAAUCACAUUUUUUGAUACAGCUGAUUGCUAUGGACCUUACACUAAUGAAAUUUUAGUUGGCAAGGCAUUAAAGCAAUUACCUAGAGAAAAGAUUCAGUUGGCUACGAAAUUUGGUGUUGAUGCCAGCAACUAUGAUUUUCGAAAAGCCUCGAUUAAUGGCAGUCCUGAGUAUGUUCGUGCAUGCUGCGAGGCUAGUCUAAAGCGUCUUGAUGUGGAAUAUAUUGAUCUCUACUAUCAACACCGUGUCGACACUUCAGUACCAAUUGAGGAAACUAUGGGAGAGCUUAAGAAGUUGGUGGAAGAAGGAAAGAUUAAGUACAUUGGUCUGUCUGAGGCAAGUCCUAACACAAUAAAGAGGGCACACAAAGUCCAUCCCGUUACUGCGGUGCAAAUGGAAUGGUCACUUUGGACUCGUGAUCUCGAGGAAGAGAUAGUCCCACUUUGCAGGGAACUUGGAAUUGCAAUAGUUCCAUAUAGCCCUCUUGGUCGAGGAUUUUUCGGGGGCAAAGCAGUUACCGAAAGUUUGCCUUCAGAGACUAUACUUAAAUCAUAUCCAAGAUUUGCAGGAGAAAAUGUCGAAAAGAACAAGGUGUUCUAUACUCGAAUCGAAAACUUAGCCAAAAAAUAUGGAUGCACUCCUGCUCAGCUUGCCCUUGCAUGGGUUCUUAAUCAAGGAGAUGAUGUUGUUCCGAUCCCUGGGACAACAAAGAUUAAAAAUUUGAUUGACAAUAUUGAAGCAUUGAGAAUCAAUCUAACUAAAGAUGAGCUGAAGGAAAUUGCGGAUGCUGUACCGAUUGAUGAAGUAGCUGGGGUUAGAUCUAACAAUUUCCCAAUUACCUUUAAGUUUGCUGAUACACCACUGCCUGAAAAUGCACAAACAGCAGCAACCUCAUCAAGCAUCAUUUGACCUGAAAACAGAAGGAAAAGUCAAUCAUCAAGUUCACAUUCACUGAUUGUUGUGUUGAAUAAGUACUGCUAAUUCAGUUCAAAAUCAGAAAAAAAUUGUCAUCUGAUUAGUGAUUAUAAAUUUGGCAAUGGAAAUUGAAGUUCACUUUUGCUGUUCUAUGAUGCAAGAUGGUCAAUGAAUUGUACGAGUGAUUUGUUUUUGUUGGCCUAUUUUAUGAAGAAAUCCAUGUUUGGCAUUUGAA